GGAGCCAGAGACCUCGGCUGCCUGUAUUUUCCACUGACAUCAGGCGCUGAAGCCGGCGGACGUGCGCAGGAGCCAGGUGUCUCCCUGUCCUUCGGAAUUCCUGAUCCCGUCGGAAAAAAAAAACGCAUCAUUCCCAUCCGGAGUGACUCAGGGAUGAACAGGCGCAGUCGGCGCUUGGUGGACGGGGGGUACUACCAGCCCGAGGACGAUGGGGCCAGCACCAGCUCCACCGGCUCCGUGAACGGCGGCCAGAUCUCCUACCGAGAGAGUCCUGUCAGGAUCUUUAAGAAGAAGGUUGCCGGCCGGCGCCAGGUCAGUUCCUCCUGCUGCCUCGCCCAUGAGAAUGCCUCCAGCGAAUCGCUGGGCAGCUACGCAAGCGAGGAGCCAAUCAGGGCCGAGGAGUACUGGGGCAUUGCUCCCAGCCUGCGGGCUCUCAGCAGCAGUAGCAGGGCGAGCUCUCGCAGCAAGUUCUCCUCGCCCGGCCCCGACAGCCAGCCCGGCUUCAGCUCCCGCUUCUCGGCUGCCGACGGGCACGGGAACUCCUCGGGCUACUCGUCCUCGGAGGAGGGCUGCUGCGGCCCAGCCCAGCCCCACCCGGACACCGAGCCGCAGCUGGGGGUCAAGGAUCUCCUCCUGUCGCCAGGCCGAGCUCUGGCGAUGCUGUACUGGUGGCUGGGCACGGCCUGGUACAGCCUGACCACGGGAGCGUCGCUGCUGGACGUGUUCCUGCUGACCAGGUCAGUUGCAGGCCGCCGCUGCCGGGGGUCUGGCAGAGAGGGGCGGAGACCCCCGGAGACUCGGCUGCGUGCGCCCCUGGUCACUGAUAUGAAGAUGACCGGGGGCGGGCAUUUUCAGCAGGUCCUCCACAGGACAGCUGGUUCAGAAGUCAAACAAACCUGAUGCAGAAAACACAGG